AUCUCCAUAGCAAGUAAACAGCGUAUGGCACGCAUGCCAAUCUGCGAUCACUGCGAAGGUCUAGAUUGAAUUUUGACGUCUUGAAAAACCCAAUAUUUUUUGAAUUUAACAGUGAAUUCUGCCGCUGAUGCUCUAAAAGAGAGUACCGAGAUUCUACAAAACAUAAAUCAAAACCAGUAGCAGAAGGGUGGAGCUAUUGUCGUCCAGUUAAACAGGAGGUAUGACUGCAGUGAAUGACAAUGACUCCUUCUUCGACUCGGACGGCGAGCAUGACAACCAGAAAGCUGACAGCCCAUACUUGAAAGGAGCCUACGACCGUAGGGGCGACAGCCCAGCUACGCAGCGAGUCGCCAAAAACAAAUCUCUGACCCCAUCAACCUCAGGCAACUUCUCGGCCAAGUCGUCAGACUCGAUCAUGUCCGAGAAACGCGGUACCAAGUCAUACAGGUACGAUGAUUCACCAUCGCGAUCACGGUCACGGUCGCAAACACCGUCGCCGUAUAGGAGCCCGCUCCCACGCUCGCCUGCGUACUCGGACUCGUUCAACUCGGAAGACUCGGACCAGGAUUCUCGCAAGGCGUCGCCAGAGAGGACUAAGAAAGAAACGAGCGCAAAGCCCAGAGGAAGGGCCAGGGGAGGGUAUAGCAGCACUUCAUCCAACCGGUUCAACAGCGGGACUAGUCAAGACAGUCGGACGACAUUCAAGGGCUAUGGAGGGAGCUCAAAUUAUGGCAAGACCAACAACCGAACAAAGAAAGCUUUUCAGAAAACUCCGAUUAAGAAACCUGCGGCAGCCAACAACACGAACAAACGCUCCAACAGCAUCGCCAGUAGUCAAGCCUCGCCACGCAAUGCUGGCAACGAGGUCACGCGACGCAUGCUGUCGGCGAAAGGCCACACCAUCAGCCGGCUGCGCAACGAGUUCAACCAGCUGCAGCAGCAGCACGACGAGACGCUGCAGGAGAACAAGCUGCUGAAGGCACUGCAGCGACGGCAGGAGAGGGCGCUGGCAAAGUUUGACAACGAGGAGAGCGAGCUGCCGCAGCUGCUGAAGAAACACAGCGCUGAGCUGGACAGCAUGCGACGACGAAUUCGCAAGUAUCAGGAGCAUGAAAGGGACAAAGACCGGCGCAUGAAGGACAAAGACGAGCGGUUACUGCGUACAGAAGACGAACUAAAAAGCCUCAGUGCCGUCGCCGAAGACAAGGGCCUCCUGGAACGCCACGAGCUCCAGAAGCGAGUGGACCGGCUCAAGACGAAACUGGAAAACCGGGACAAGAAGAUCGAGGAGCAGGAGAGAUACGUGGAGCACAUGAAGAAGAACCAGCGGCAUGAGCUGCGCGAGAGGCAGGGACGUGAGGAGGAACUGAAGGGUAGGAUGGGAAGUCUGGAGAGAGAGAACGAACGACUGCAGAUGCAACUCAGGGAGAAAGAAAAGGAACUGGAAGUGCGUAACAUCUACAGCAACCGCCUGAUCAAGCCGCCUGGCAAACUCCGGUACAACCUCUCCCCGACCAGCCUCAAGCCUGUCAUGCUGAGCAAAGCGACCUCCACGGUUGACCAGCCGAAGCUGCCGCACCCUCCCCCUCCCGACAGGCAACCACGGGAUCGAUCAGCCGAGGAACUCAGGCGGCGGGAGGAAACAAACGCCAGGGUCAAGUCCCCGAAGGAUGUAACACCAAAGAAAGAGGAUAAGAUAGAAUCGGAGAAACCCAAAUGGGAAGAACCGAAACAGGAAGAACCAAAGUCCAAAGAACCGAAACAGGAGCUCUCGGAGCACGAGAAGAUCCUACGGGACCUGGACAUGGGAUGGGAGAAACGGGACGGUGGGGAAGGGACGCAGAGGCAAGAGGAGGAAAGGCGGAGACAAGAGGAGGCGGACAAGAGGAAGAAGCAAGAGGAGGAGCGACAGUGGCAGUUGGCAGAGAGGCUUCGGCGGGAGGAGGAGGAGGAGAGAUGGAGGAGACAUGAGAAGGAAGAAGCUGAGGCAAAGAAGAAACGAGAAGAGGAAGAAAAGCCUUCCGUUUACCAAAGGCCCAGUUUCCUUGGUUCCAAGAAAGACGCCCCUACCUCCCAGUACAAACCAAGUUUCUUGGGCUCAAGUCCUUCUACAAAAUCCAAAUUCUCCUUCUCAAAACAAAAUGACGACUCAGCCACUUACAAGCCCAGUUUUUUAAAUACUUCAAACAAACCGGACCACCAAAACCCAAAUCAAACUUCAGCAAACACAACUCAAAGCACACACGAAACAACACCAAGUUCUUUCAAUUUAAGUUCAAAUCCAAAAUCAAAAAAGGUCGAUGAAGAUGACGAUUUCUUUGAGACUCAGCCCCCAAGUUCAGAUCUUCCAGCGUGGCUGAGGGGCGGUUCCGACACCACAAAAGUGCAGGAGAGAGAAAGGAAGAAAAAAGAAGUCCUUCAGGAUACCAGCUACUCGCCCCAUUUCGACAACUCACCAGGGGAUGAUGCUGAAGAAAACAUUCCCUUCUUUGGAUCCAAGCCAACCGAGGCGCAGAAACCCCCCACUACCAAGACCCCGCCCUAUGCUGUCAACAGCGUCCGAGAUCUACAAAAGUACUCACGUGGCGACAUCAGCGGCUCCCCGAAACGGGGCAGAGACGAGGGGGGAACGUUUGGGCAGAAUCAAGCUAACAACGCUGAUCAGGAGAAGGAGGCUGAGCGUUUGGCCGAGGAGCGUCGCAAGAAGGACCUCCUCCUGGCCCGGAUGCGAGAUAUUGACGACGGCAAGAAGCCUGACUCGGGCAAGAGCCACAAGAACUACAAUUUCAGCAAGCCUGUGGAGAACCUCCACAACGGGAUCCCCUCUCACCCGGAUGAGGCGGCCCCGACAAAAGCAAAGAAGGACGAUGCGCUGGCGUUUGGAAGCUACGCGCCGACCUUCACCAGCAGCAAGGCUGCCCAGAAACCCAAGAAGAAGUCCUUCUUUGAUGACGAGGAUGAUGAGGGUGAUCCGUUCUCGAAGCCGACACCGGCCGCCUCGCAACCUGACAAGAGAGCCCACCUCAUGGCGACUGUCUUCUGCGACAGCCCAAGCGAGGAGAAAUCAACCAAGUCCUCAUUUGGCGACGACAAGAAUGUCUUCACCUCCUCGACCAAGGCGAAGCCUGUCUCCUACCCGUGGGAGAAAAAGGUUGAAAUUGGGGGAGGGGCGAAUGCCACAAACCCAGCAGUGGCAAAUGGCGUCAAAGACAAGGGUCCCCCAGCAUCAAAAGCCGCCAUGAAUAUGUCUCACGAUAGCCUGGAUGAUAUUGACGACAUAGAAGAAGUGAUUCUCUGAAAAUCUUGUAUUCCUUUCACUUUUUAGAUGUACAGACCUUGUGUAAAUAUUAUACUAUUUAUGAAUAUAUUUUAUCCAAAGCUGUAUGUAAAAGUGUAAAAAUGAGAAAGAUUGACAAGCAUAUCAAUCAUCUUGAAUAGCACAAACUUCUCUGUAGCUCUUAUUUUGAGAAACAAUCAUGCUUUGCAAUCGAUUCAUAUCUUAACAGCAUUACUACAGCAGUAAGAAAUCAUGUGUUCUGCAAAGUGCAAAUAUUUUUUUUAAUUGCUGGACUUGAAAAAAAAAAAGAUUAUCUUUGCUGCAGUUGUGAAAAAGGGUGGAGAAUGGUUUUCUAGGAAACAGAUUAGGAAGAAAGGGAUAUUUGCGUGAAUUUUUGUCCAACUGUUGAGAAUUUUGGAAGAAUUAAGUUAAUUGGCUGUACAGCGCCCUCUAGUGGUGAUAUUGGCAGUAGUGGCAGGCUUUCCAACCAGCAUCCAAUCACACAAUCUGUAAUUUAAUUGAGUCUGUUGUGUGUGUACCUCAUUUGUUCUGGUGAAAUGAUGUGUUUUAUGGUUAAAUGUUCUGUGCUCUUUAUAGCACAUCAAAGAACAAAGCGCUUCUGCAGUAUUUGUUUUUCUACAGUAAUGCAUCAAACAUUGAAGGAAACUUUGGUGUCAAUAGACCAGGAGUUGUCCCUCCACAAUAUUUGGUAGAAAGUUUGCAGGAACUCUACCUAUCCUUGAACCGGGACAGCAUUUUCAGUGUUAUUUAUUUUUAUUUUGGUGUUUUUUGUGCUUUCUUUUCACUUUCUGGUCCAGAGUUACUGAAAUAGACAACAGAGAAAAAUGUGAAUUUGUGUUAAACUUUAUUUGAAACCACGUACAUUGUACUAUAUCAUGUUAUAUGGAAUUGUCAUCUCUGGAUGAGUUCGCUUUCAGUCUGUACUUUUAGGACACCUAAGUUGUGAACUAACUAUUUUGGUCAUGCAUAUUCACAAGAUAGGAAGUACAUAUGUAAACUACAUGUAAUCACUUUUGUCAAAUGGCACUAGACCCAGUACAUUUCACUUCUUGACUCUAAUUUUGAAAAGUUCUGUAUGUUUUUCACUCUUCGAGUACUUCACCAAGACACAUGCAAAGCUUACCAGAUAAAGAACACUCAAUUUUAGUGCUAGACUAAAAUCACAGAUCCUAGUACAAAGUUGGUUCUGUAGCUAGCCACCAAUAGCACAUAAUACACAGAAUUCUCGAAAUUUUAUCAAAAUACAUUCCUUCUGCUUUCAAAAUAUAAACAUGUAUGUAAAAAUUCAGUGUUAAUUCUGCAGGAAAAACCUUGAUAAUCAACCAACAGCUGAGAAACCAGUGUGCACUGGGUUGGAUUCGAACCCGAGUUACCAGAGAUGGAUGGCAAGAUAUACUGCAUUCCUCAUAGGAAGUUCUGAAUUGUGUCAAUUUGUCAUUUUAUGGAAGCGUCAUAAACUCUGAAUGGAUUCUGCUUUGCACAACACAGCAGAGAGGGUUACAAAAUUGUUUGACGUAUUUAUUUUGCAACUACUUUUUGUCAUCUUGAGAUAAAAAAGAAAUCCAGUACUUAACUAUACAACCUUGUCCACCAUUUUCAGUCUGAAUUUAUCAAUGUUGUAUUGUCAACUAAAUAGUACUGAAGCUGAACAAUGUACAAGAAUAUUUUGUACUUCAAACAGCACUGCUUUGAAAUAAAGACAAAUAAACAUGAAA